GUUUAUCACUUCAAUAAACUACAACAUUAAGCCUUGAGAUGUCUACAGAUCCAAGUAUAAAAAGUUUACAACAUUGCAAAGACAAUGGCCGAACAAAAUUUCAGGCCUGAGCAUCUCAAUCCAUCAGAGCCCGCUGAUGCGGUAUCGGAUAGCGAGCCACUUCUUCAAGACCUCGAUUAUGGCAGCCAAACCAACCUCACUCACAGCACACCAUCUCCAGAGGAAGAGCAAGCACCAGGCAGCCCGCCAGCAGGCACUCAAAACAUAACGCGAAAGCUCUACAUCUCACAUUUUCUGUCGAUGUGGAAUUCGCGCAUGUUCGAGUUCGGCGCCGUGCUCUUCCUCGUCUCUGCGUUCCCGGGGACCUUGCUGUUCACCUCUAUCUACGCGUUGGUGCGAUCGUUAGCUGUUGUACUGUUUUCCUCAAUGCUGGGCAGGCUAAUUGACCGGUUUGACCGGUUGAAGGUUUUGAGGGCUUCAAUUGUUUGGCAGCGGCUGCCCGUCGUUGGGUCUUGUCUGAUUCUGCUGGUGCUGGUGUCCAAGACUGGUCCAGGGCUAUUAUCGUACAUCCUUUUUGGCUGUGUCUCGAUUCUGGCUUGUCUGGAGAAACUGGCGUCGGUUGCGAAUACCGUCUCCGUUGAGCGAGACUGGGUUGUAAUCAUCGCCGAGAGCCUUGCAAUCCCAAGACAAGACCUAAACGCAUCGAUGCGCCGCAUCGACCUGUUCUGCAAGCUGAUUGCGCCGCUUUUCAUAUCCGUCAUUGACAGUUACUCGACAAAAGUAGCUAUAUGGACUGUCUUUGGAUUGAGCUCAGUCUGGGUGGUCGUUGAGUAUCUUGCCAUUGCCCAGGUGUACAACUCGAUCCCCGAGUUAAAGAAACGUCCCACCACCACUAUAUCAAACAACAACACCCAAAACCACCCUGAAGCCAACAAACCCCUAUCCCCCUGGCACGCCUACAUCUCCUCCCCGAUCUUCCUCGCCUCCUUCUCCCUCUCCCUCCUAUACCUCACCGUCCUCUCCUUCUCGCCGCAAAUGAUCACCUACCUCCUCUCCACGGGCUUCACCAGUUUGCAAAUCAGUUACAUGCGCAUCGGCGCCGUCCUCUCCGAGCUCCUCGGCACCUGGGCCGCACCCUUGGCCAUGCGUCGCGUCGGGCCCAUCCGCGCCGGUCUGUGGUCGAUAAACUGGCAAUUCGGCAGUCUUGCAGCGGCCGCAGCAGGUUUUCUGGUCUUCGACGAUCCGUCAAAAUCAAAACUCGUAGCGACGGUUUUGGUGGUUGGCGUGGCGGUGAGUAGAGUCGGUUUGUGGGGGUUUGAUUUGAAUGUGCAGUAUUUGGUGCAGGAGGAAACAACUCCGAAUCAAAGAGCGCAGUUCUCGUCUACCGAAAUGGCCGUGCAGAGUAUCUUCGAGCUGCUCUCGUUCACCAGCACAAUAGUCUUUUCCCGCCCCGACCAGUUCAAAUACCCCGUCCUAAUCAGCUAUGGCGCAAUCGGCACGGCGGCGGUGUUGUAUGCGGCGUAUGUGAGAAAGGUCAGGGGGCAUUUGGUGCAUGUGUCUAGAUGUCUUGGGGGGAAACAGGUCCCUACUAUAUCAACGGAUCGGAGAGGAUAUGGAGGGUUGGUGUGAGGAUGUAAUGUAUUAUUUAUUUUUUUUUUCACUACUUACAACAUUACCCG